CCUAAUGUUCUACUCCGCUCUUCCUCAUUUUAUUAUCUCUCUACAAACAUUCGCAUUGUCGUAUCUCAGUUUACAAAACUUAUUUUUUAUUUCCACCAUCGGAAAAAACAGAAUAAUUCGAAAGCAAUUCUAAUCAUAAAGCUCGAUAAACAUGCCUCAACUUUUGUCGUGACAAAAUGGAUUCGUCUACGGUUACGGCGUCACGUUACAGCGGCGUCCAACGUCUUGCGAACAUGUCAACAUGGGCACGUCAACGCGCGUUUAGCGUUUGAAAAAUAUAAAGAUAGACUCUUAUCUUUUUAAACUCAGGUAAUGUUUCUGCUUGUGUUGUUGUUUUGUGUGUUUAUUGUAUCAGACGUGUUCAACAGCGAGUGUAUUCAUUAUACCGGCGUCACAUUACGUCGUUUCUUCUUCUCCUGCGUCUUAAAUGUUGUAAACUGCCUCACGAUACAACACUCAAUAUUAAGUAACAGCUGCAGUGAACUGAACGUUGCUUUCUAGCAAGGCGGGUCACGAGGGUUUAGAGUAUCUGGUUCACAGGGUCUGUCGUGUUGGGUGUUGUUGAACGUCACUGACAGUAACCGGCUACAGCCGGUUCAGACCGUGUUGAUUUCUCUUCCUCCCCUCAAUUGUUUCAUCAUGUGUGUUGAAACCGGCAGAUUCUCUUCACAUCGCUCGUAAUCUAAACAAUCUGACACGUUAUUCGCUUCUAUCCGGGUCGGUCGCUUAGUUUCCGUUUCUGACAAGAUUUAAUUAAAGUUUCUUGUGAGUUCUUUAUAAAGAAGAGCGUUUGAGUAUCACACAUCAGGUUCGUACUCCUCCGUGUCAGCCAUGGAGAGUGCUAAAGUCACUCUGACUGUGAGAGGGACCACAGAUUUGGGUGAGGUGAUCGCAGUGGUUGGCAGUUGUGAAACCCUGGGCAAGUGGUGUCAUCAAGAAGCUGUGACCUUGCAACCAACAGAGGAAGACGGCACCCUUUGGAGAACUACCGUUCUGGUUCCUAGAGGAGCUGAAACCAAAUAUCGAUAUUUCAAAGGCUUGUUUUUUGAAUCUAAGAACGCAGGUGGGCCAGGUGAAGUCAUAGUCAAUAGAUGGGAGACCCAUCAACAGCCACGCUCAUUGAGUCCCUCAGAGCCGGAAUAUGAUAUUGAUGACGGGCAUUUUGGAAUGCAAAAUGAUGCUGAAUGUUUGGACUCUGGAUGGUUGACGUGCCAAACUGAAAUUCGUCUCAGGCUGCAUUACUCCGUGAAACCUCCAGUAUCUAUCACUAAAAAGAAGUUCAAGAACUCUCGCUUCAGAUUGAAACUGAUGGUUGAAGGCAUUGAAGAGGAAGAGGAGGAGAGCCCUUUAACGACAUGUCAUAAGAUGACCACCACGUUGGAGAUCAGUAUGAUUAACAAUGAUGGAUACAAAUCUCGUCAUUCCCAGCCCGAAUGCGGAUACGCCCUGGAACCCUCACAGUGGACAGAGUACAGCAUUCACACCAUGGACCCCGACAACCUGGAACUCAUCUUUGAAUUCUUUGAGGAGGACCUGAGUGAGACCGUGGUUCAAGGUGAUUCCCUCCCAGGCCUCGUGGGCACCGCGUGUCUCUUGUCUUCCUCGUUCGUGGAGAAUGGCAAAGAUUUCAGUUUGGUCACCCUACCCAUCAUGAGCCGAAACUCCAGACAGACCAUUGGGAAAUUCAGAGUUGAUUACCUGGUGAUACGUCCAAUCCAGGGCCUGCAGUGUGAUAUGAGACAUUGUUUCAGCAAAUACUGGAAGAAAAGAAGCGCGUUAGAUGUUGGACAUAGAGGGGCAGGCAGCACACAUGCACAUAAACAUCACAAGAUCAGGGAAAACACCAUUGCCUCGUUUUUAAGUGCCGCUAGCCAUGGAGCCGCUUACGUCGAGUUUGACGUUCAUCUCUCCAAGGAUUUAAUUCCAAUUGUUUACCACGAUCUCACCUGCUGUAUUUCAACAAAGAAGAAAAAUGACAAGAAUUCAAUGGAAUUGUUUGAAGUUCCUGUAAAGGAUCUGACCUUUGACCAACUUCAGCUUCUUAAACUUGCCCAUAGAACUGCUUUGGUUAUUCAAGACCACAAAGACUUGCAAGACGAAGAAGAUUGUAUAGAUGAACACCAGCCUUUCCCUUCACUUUCUCAGAUAUUCCAGGCCGUUCCAGAACAUGUGGGAUUAAACAUUGAGCUAAAGUGGAUCACUCAGUUUAAGGACGGCACCUGGGAUGCCAAUCUCUCCACCUACUUCAACAUGAAUCAGUUCCUAGACAUCAUUCUCACAUGCGUGCUGCAGAACGCCGGAGACAGGAGGAUAAUCUUUUCCUGUUUCGAUCCUGAUAUUUGCACAAUGGUCAGGCAAAAGCAGAACAAAUAUCCCAUCCUGUUUCUGAGCCAGGGUGUGACCGACAUCUACCCCGAGAUAAUGGACAUCCGCUGUCGGAACACGAAGAUCGCCAUGAGCUUCGCUCAGAGCGAGAACAUUCUGGGAAUCAGCGCUCACACAGAUGAACUACUACAUCACAUGGAGUUUAUCAAAGAGGCUAAAUCCAAAGGGCUGGUGGUCUUCUGCUGGGGUGACGAUAACAACGACCACGGAAAUAGAAGGCAGUUGAGGGACCAGGGCAUCCACGGGCUUAUAUAUGACAGAAUCUGUGAGGAUAAGACCGAACAAUCUAACAUCUUUAAAGUAGAGGAAGAUACUUCUAUAAAGGAGGUCAUCUCAGAGGAGACGCGACAAUCAUGUGCCUGCUCCACCUACAGCAUUCCCUGCUCUUCCACACCUUGUGUGGGGAAAAGCCGGGAGACCAACGGAGAAUCAGACUCCGGCCUCAGUUCCUCAUGAGGAUCACUCGCCUCAUCCACUUCUAUGCGUGAAACUCAUGUCUUACCUUCCCACAAUGCAACAGAACCAAUGCACAUAUACACUCUGUCAUUUAGCUAAACUUUACUUGAAACUUAUUUUGAUGGCGGAGGACAGGUGUGUAGAGAAUGCUCAUGAGAAGAAUAUUAACACUAGCUUUCUCAAAAGCCGCAACAUUUGUUUGCUGCAUUUAGUCAGAUUGCUGUAUAUUUUAAUGCAAAAGUAGUAUAUGUAAUGUUCAAAUGAAAUUUCAUUUUAAAAAAAUGCAACCUUUAAAUAUGUAGACGUCUCAAGAACGUCCAUUUCUUCUCUUAUUCAUUUCUCUCUAUUUUAUCUGCGAAAUAACUAUCGACAGUAUACAAUGUAGUAUUUCAUGAACAACAAACGCAGGGGUAUUAAAAUGUAUGUACUGUGCUGAGGGCUGUUUUAUUCUUGGCAUUGUCACCUGUAGACAGUAGACACACUCCUGCUUUAAAGAAAUAUUUGUUGAUCAAAACCACUUCUGUCUACAGAUUAUAAAUGAAACGCUAAUUGUUUCAACAGAUCAACACUUCAUCAGUGCAAUUCUCAUACUGUAUUUACUUGUAUAUUGAUGUGUGAAUGAUUGUUUUUCUGUAAUCUCUUCAUGCAUGUAAAAACAAUCAGUGUGGUUGAAUGCGAUCACAAUAAUACUGCUGUUUUGACAGGCAGAUCAUGCAUAUUUGCUGUCAUGCGCCACACUGGACUUAAGCAACUGAACGAAUCCACACUCAUUAUAUAGGCAUCACUGUGCCAAAUUAGAACAAAACCAACUCUGAGAGCAAAAUAAACUGAUUCCAUGCCAUUAAAACUCUUUUUUUCCUAAAGUGUUUAACUCCUAUUGGAAGUCAAUGUAUUUAUUAAAUAUUUAAGGGUU